AUGACGAGGUUUGAACGGGGAGUGUGGAGUCGCGCGGCUGCAGCUGCGCCAGAGGAGGACUCGCAGGAAGAGGAAAAGCCGGGGGCCGAGAGGCAGCGGGAGGAGAGGCAGGGGGAGGGGAUGCAGGGAGAGGGGUUCGGGGUGAGGGCUGAUGAGAGGAGAGAAGCUGAGAGGGACGGUACCGAGGCUGGACGGAUGGAGGCUGGAAGAAGGGAGGCCCGUGAAAGAACGGGAGGGAUGCAAGGGGUGGUGGUUAACAGGGGCCGAGGGAACAUCGUCAUCCCAACAGGUAAAGUAGCCCUUGCAUUCCUCCCACCCUCACGGCGUUCGGGUCUCACCAUUGACUGCUGCGCUUGUGCUAUUCCUGCUGGUGCAUGCGUUCCUUUCUUCCUCCACAUCCCCUUACGUGGCUGCUUGUUAUCUGGAUGCCUUCUCUUCCUUCUCUUCCCCUAUCGUUUCGCGCGUGCGCGUGGUGCUCGUGGUGCUCUUCAUUCUUCUCCGCAUCACCGGGCGUUGAGAAGCCCUUGCAGUACGUGCAGCGGCAGCAGCUGGCGAUCAUUCCCAGCCAAAUACCCCCACCACUGCCUUACCUUGUCCCACCCUUGGUCUCCCAUCCACUUGGUGAUUCUCCUUCCGUCGCUCCUUGUUUCUCCUGACUUUCCCCACCACACAGAGCGCUGGCAGUAUGUGCAGCGGCAGCUGGCGAUCAUUCGCAGCCAAAUACCGCCACCGACGCUCAAAUCGCCCCCUGCACCACCGCAGUUAGCGUGGCAAAAAGCAGCACCACCAGCAUCAGCGUCAGUCAAUGGGAGAGUGUUCGAGGCAGCAGAAACGCGUCUAGGGAGAGAUAGUACUCCAGAAGUCUCUCCUUUCAGAAAUUUAGGGCUGCUUCGUCCUGAACAACCAGCGCUGAUCAUACCACCAACGGGAAACGCAGCAACACUGAUAACAGGACAGCAGGAUGCAUUGAAUCUGGACAAGGGCGGCGAGGAGCAGCGCACAGACGAGUGGUACGCACUCAGAGCCAACCGGCUGACAGCCAGCGCGUUUGAGAAGGCAGUGGGGUUGUUUCCGGGGGGGCGGCAGCAGCUGUGGGAGGAGAAGCUGGGGCUGAGAGCGCCGUUUGCCGGGAAUGAGGCGACAGCAUGGGGGCAGGGGAAGGAGGAGGAGGCUCUGCGGGAGUAUGCGCGGAUGACAGGCGGCUACGUGGAGCACAGGGCGUUCCAGAUCUACAAGCACGGAGAUCCGGCCUUCUCUUGGCUCGGUGCUUCCCCCGACGGACUCCUCCCCUCCGACUCUCUCUCCCUUCACUCCUCCCCCCACUCGCCUGGUGUUCUCGAAAUCAAGUGCCCCUGGAACCGCGGUUUACCGCUCUCCGCCGCUCCGUACCCCUCCGUACCGGUCUACUACAUGCCGCAGAUUCAAGGCCUGCUUGAAAUAUUCGACCGCGAUUGGCUGGAUUUUUUCGUGUGGACAAAAAUGGGUGGCAGUGCACUGUUCAGGGUGGAAAGAGACAAGAAGUACUGGGAAUUACUGUUCACGGCAUUAGAGGAGUUCUGGUGGGUGCAUUUGGUGCCUGCCAAGGAAGCCUUGACACAAGGGCAAAAGGAGGAGGAUGUGAGGGGGAGGUUUUAUCCAGGGCAGGCGCAUGUGCUGAUGAAGGAGAUAAAGACGAGAAGCGAGCAAAUCUCAAAGGGGUGCAGAGUGGUUCUGAGGAGUGAUGCAGUAAAGUAA